AUGGAUGGUCGAAAUUUAUUUGGCGUAGCCGAUGAAACUGAUGAAUUACAAUAUGGACAAUGUUUUAUACAAUAUUCUACAUUAACUCCAACUAAGAAAGGUCAAGGAAGAUUUCAAGUUGUUACUGGUACGGUAAUCGUUACAAAAAAUCCAUGUCUAUGGCCUGGUGAUUUUCGUCGAUUAACAGCUGUACGUAAUGAAAAAUUAGAAGCAUGUAUGCGUGAUGUAAUUGUAUUUCCAACAAAAGGUGAACGUCCACAUUCAAAUGAAAUAGCUGGUUCAGAUUUAGAUGGUGACCAAUAUUGGGUUUAUUGGGAUGAUAGUUUAAGAAUUGAAAAAAAUGUCGAACCAUUAUCAUAUAUUGGAGCAAAAAAAUUAGAAAUACCAUCAAUUACUUCAGAAAACAUCAUUGAAAAUAUUGUUAAUUCAUUUGGAGCUAGUAUAAUUUUAGGUAUGAUUGAAAAUACUCAUACAGUUGUAGCUGAUAAACAUUCAGAACAUUCAUUCUCAGAACCUUGUAAAAAAUUAGCUGAAUUAUUUUCACUUGCUGUUGAUUCACCAAAAACAGGACAUUUUAUUGAAAUGGAAAAGCUUAGACCAUUUCAAAAAGAAUAUUGUAAAGAUUGGCCAAAAUAUAUGAGAAAAUCUGGUGAACGAACAUAUUAA